GGUUCUAACCCAUAAUACUGUGGCGGGUCAUGGGUCAUGACUUUUAGGCGUCCAACCCAUUGAAUUUCUCCAUUGAAGCGCAGUUGCCGUUCUCCGUUGAAUAUAGUUCUUGUAUCCCCCAUUGAAGCAGCUUCUGAGCUAUAGAUUGAGAAAUAUACGGCUCUCAGCUUGAAGAUUGAGUAUAUAUGACAAUCUAGAUCACAGUAGCAAUGACAGAGUAUUGGGUGAGCCAGGGCAAGCAUUGGUGUGACUUUUGCAAAAUAUUUAUAACAAAUAAUCCAUCAACGAUUAGAAAUCAUGAAAUGGGACAGCGUCAUAAGGAUAGUGUGUCCAAGCGUCUUGUUGAUAUGCGCAAAGAAAAGGCUGCUAAGGAGAAGCAAGAAAAGGAAGAUGCUCGUACAUUGCAGCAAAUCGAAGCUAAAGCUACACGCAGUUAUCAGAAAGAUAUAGCAUCUCAAGAGAGCAAGCAAUCACAAGCCCCUGCUGAUUUUCUUGCCCGUGACACAGCUUGGGAAUACAACAGCGCUACAGGGUACUAUUAUGAUCAACAUACUGGCAUUCAGUAUGAUCCAAAGUCUGGUUUCUACUACAGUGAUGAUCUAGGUAAUUGGGUGACACAAGAAGAGGCAUUUGCAGCUGCUAAGAAAUCUGCUGGUUCUAAACAAAAGGUGCCCUUGAAAAAGCCUUUGGCUGCUUCUACAUCAGGUCAACCUGCUGAAAAGAAAGAGGGUGCACCUGGGCCUGUCGUUUCAGGGUCUAUAAAUCCUACAAGAUCAGUAAAAGGUGCUCAGUCAUCACUUGCAGUUGGAAAGAGGAAGCGGCCUGAAAAGCCAAAGGCCGUAUCUGCUGAAGAAGCAGCUGCACUUAGAGCAAGGGAGGCAGCUAGGAAGAGGGUGGAAGAUAGAGAAAAGAAUAUGCUUGGACUUUAUGGUCAUUGAUAUCACAAAAUAGCUAUAACAAUUGCUUUCCUCAUGUUUAGAAGAAGAGCUCUGUUUUAGAUGGCUAAAGGUCUGGUCUAUUUUUAGAUGGCUAAAGGUAAUUGUCACCAUUGCCUUCUCUGUAUUAUCUCGAUUAUUGACACUUAGCUUGAGAAUCCCAUCAUCUAUUCAUUGAUUGCAUUUGUUGAUAUAUGGCUGGAUGCUUACCUGAAGUUUUUACUCCCUUGCUUGGUGUUGGAUUUGCUUUGCUAAAAGAGUAAACGACCCAGUUGUAAUAUUCAUCAAUCAUUUACUGAAGUAUGCAGUGGCUUUAUUACAGAAUAUACUGUGAAGAAUGAACGCUUGUAAUGUAUGGGGUGAUUAUUUGUGAUUUAUGGCAUGAAGUGUGCAGUGUCCUUCAUGUCAUAUUAUACAAUGGAAAAUUAAAAAUGUCCCAUGCUAUCAGCUGAUACUAUGGUUAUAGGUUGUAGACAGUAAAUUGGCCAGAGGUUUCUACAUUACAUCUACUGUAA